UACAAUAAUGUACACAAAGUAUUUCUGGAAUUAUCUUUUAAUUCUAAAUUAAAGUGGUAAAAUUAAAUAACUAAUAUACUAAUAAUGUCUUUCGACGUCAAUUGGGACGUCGAAAGUCAGAGAGAAGAUCACGAAUGCGAAGAACAUUGGCAGUUAAGAAAGGCGUUCAUAGAACGAUGGAAGAACGAAUAUCCUAAAGACAGGCUGGUUUGCUUGGCCAGGGUCUUCACUAACAUGGAGUUUAUGGGCUGCAGGUACCCUACAGAGGUCAUGCACGAAGUCGCAAGGCUGUCACAAGAAGUAGCUAGUGCUUACAGAAACUCCAAGAAAGGCAAACUCCAAAGGACAUUUGUAUCAGCCUCAGAUGCUGCGGAGGACAGAGCCAGAGGUGUGAAGCGAGAAGGUGGAAUCGUCAAAGAUGGCCCCGCACCAAAAUCUUCUAAAAUCCAGUUUGUGAAACAGGGACAGGGAGGGAAUGAAGAAGAGAGUGAGGAAAAGGAUGUGGAUAGUAGAAUAAGGAAUCUGAUUAGUUCAAGUAUAAACAGCAAAACAACAGAAGAAGCCCGGAAGCCCCUUGGGGACCUAAAUGAGUACCUGAAAGACCUGAGCGGAGUGCGGUGUCUGGACGCCCGGGUGUUUGACGAAAGCAUGUUCUUUAGCAGCUUCGGACAGCUCGUGCUGCUCGUCAGGCCUUGGGCGGGGAAGUGGUGGAAUAUACAGACGAGCUGUCAAGUCUGCAACAUCCCGUUCACAUCAACAUUCGAAGACGGGGCCAUGUCCAUGAUGAUCAACGGACUGCUAGUAGCUCGGGCCUCGGGGGCUUCUAAAGCGGAUGCCAAGUGUAACGUGGAAGUCAUGGCUUGGAAUAGGCUUCGCGAAGAGGUGAUAACAGUGGUAGUGAAGGAACAAUUCCGGGCGGACGGUGGCGCCAUCUCUGUCAGCGAGGUCACGGGGCGGCGCGACGACGAGUUCGGAGCGCCCGUAGAGAACAGCGUCGCUACUAAGAUGAUGAAGCUCAUGGGUUGGAAGGGCGGCGGACUGGGCGCCGACGCUCAAGGUAUUGAGGAACCAAUAAAACCACACUUACAAAUGGUGAACCGCCAAGGCCUCGGCAGCACCUGUUCCGAUGCCCAGAGCCUCCGACGGGCAGCCUUUACCCUCAUGAGACGAUACUUGGCCUCAGACUGUUUAGACGUCGACCUUAUAUUCAGUAGAGAUUUCUCCAAGGAAGAGCGAGCUUCGUUGCAUCAGGUCGCGCAAAAAGUCGGGUUGGCCAGCAGAAGCUACGGGACUGGAGAAGAAAGAUUCCUAGUAGUAAAGAAGAAGCUAGAUCCCUUCUCGCUCACACGUGCCGUGUUAGAAAAGGGGGGCAACACUCCCAAGUACCAAGUGUUCAUACCGUGCGGGGCCAGCAAACGAUCGCAGAGGAAUGGAAGAUAUUAAUACAAGUGGACUAAGUUAAUAGUACAUUACGAUACAAGUGCGUAAAAAAGGAAGUUCGAAACGAGUGGCGAUAAAUCAAAACACGACCGAAGGGAGUGUUUUAAAUCGAC